ACUGGGUUAAUGGACACUAGCAGAUGUCUGUACGGAGUCAGUGCCUUGCGCCAGCGGGAGCAGAUCCAUUCGGAGGCAGAACAGGCUUCCUUUGCUGAAUUUCAUUUGAACUUGGAUAUCCUGGCUAUAAAAGCAAACUCUGUAUAUGUUAUCACUGACUUAAGAAAUGAAAUCUCUCACGUGGACCAUACAGCAGGAUAUGAGAAUGAGAACCACAGCACUCCCAUGUUAUACAGCUGUGGGGCCCAAUACAGAAUACACACCCAUGGAGUUUUUAGAGGCAUACAAGAUGUCCGACGGGUGCCAGGAGUGGCUCCAACCAUUGUCCGACCAGCGAGCGAGACGAACGAGAAGCGCCCCUUCAUGUGUGCCUACCCCGGCUGCAACAAGAGAUACUUCAAGUUGUCCCACUUGCAGAUGCACAGCAGAAAGCACACUGGUGAAAAACCCUAUCAGUGUGAUUUUAAGGACUGUGAACGAAGAUUUUCUCGUUCAGACCAACUCAAACGGCACCAAAGACGACACACAGGUGUGAAGCCCUUCCAGUGUAAAACCUGUCAGCGAAAGUUCUCUAGAUCUGAUCAUCUGAAGACUCAUACCAGGACUCAUACAGGUGAAAAGCCUUUCAGCUGCCGGUGGCCCAGCUGUCAAAAAAAAUUUGCCAGGUCUGAUGAAUUAGUUCGUCAUCACAACAUGCACCAGAGGAACAUGACUAAACUGCAGUUGGCCCUUUAG